AAAUGUCAUGUAAUCCUUCCUUUGGUGGAAUUGGGAAAGGUCAUCUGGUGAGGGAAGUGGAUGCCCUGGACGGGCUCUGUGCUCGAAUUUGUGAUCAGUCUGGAGUGCAUUAUAAAGUGCUGAACAAGCGCAAAGGACCCGCUGUCUGGGGUCUCCGAGCUCAGAUAGACAGAAAGCUCUACAGAGAGAACAUGCAGAAAGAAGUGCUGCAAACCCCUUGUCUGACAGUGUGUGAAGCAUCUGUGGAAGAUCUUCUACUGUCGGAACCAGAAGCCGGGCAUCCUGGGAAAUGCUGUGUCAGAGGAGUCAUUCUGGGGGAUGGAAGGAAAGUGCAUGCUGGAAGUGUUAUUUUGACCACAGGCACAUUUCUGAGGGGCAUGAUCCUCAUUGGACUGGAAAUGCAUCCUGCUGGGCGGAUGGGAGAUCAGCCCUCCUUGGGCCUUGCUCAGACUUUGGAGAAGCUGGGAUUUACUAUGGGCAGACUCAAGACUGGGACUCCACCCCGGUUGCUGAAAGACUCCAUUGACUUCAGUGUUACGGAGAGACAACCGGCCGACAACCCUCCUGUGCCGUUCAGCUUUCUCAACGAAGUGGUGUGGAUCAAGCCAGAAGAUCAGCUGCCAUGCUACCUGACUUACACCAACCCAAAAGUGGAGCAGCUCAUCCGUGACAAUCUUCACCUGAACAAUCACGUCAGAGAGACAACAAGAGGACCUCGGUACUGCCCCUCACUUGAGUCUAAAGUUCUGCGUUUUCCAAACCGCGUGCAUCAGCUCUGGCUUGAGCCCGAGGGUCUAGAUUCCAAUAUCAUCUACCCACAGGGAAUCUCACUGACGUUGCCGUCUGAAAUCCAGCAGGAGCUUGUCACCCACAUUCGAGGUUUGGAAAAAGCAAAAAUUGUGCAGCCAGGCUAUGGAGUUCAGUAUGAUUUUCUGGACCCGCGUCAGCUGACUGCCUCCCUCGAGUCUCGUCUUGUUCAGCGGCUCUUCUUUGCAGGACAGAUAAAUGGCACCACGGGCUAUGAGGAAGCUGCAGCCCAGGGUAUAAUUGCUGGAAUUAAUGCUGGCCUACGAGUCAAAGGUAAACCUCCCUUUAUCAUCAGUCGUACUGAAGGUUACAUUGGCGUUUUGAUUGAUGAUCUCACAACUCUGGGCACCAAUGAACCCUACCGGAUGUUCACAAGCCGCGUGGAGUUUCGGAUGUCUCUGCGUCCAGAUAACGCCGACAGCAGGCUCACCUUCCGAGGCUACACUGAAGCUGGCUGUGUGUCCCAAAAGCGAUAUGACCAGGCAUCUCGGAUGAACGCAAUGUUGGAAGAAGGAAUUGAAGCGCUGAAGGCUAUUGAGAUCAGCAGCACAAAAUGGGCUCAGCUGAUUCCAGAGGCGACCAUAAGUACUAAUCAUAGCUCGCUUGUUAGUGCUCUGAACAUCCUUCAGUACCAAGAGGUGAAUAUGGAGAUUUUGGCAAGAGCUUUCCCGGAGUCCCUGAAAAAGUUUGCUGAAUGGAAACAACUGGCUCAGAGGCUGAAAAUAGAAGCUGUGUAUAAGCUGCCGGUGUCCCUUCAGAGGGUGGAAAUAGAAGAAGUGCGUCAAGAUGAGGCUCUCCAGCUCCCAGGAGAUCUGGAUUAUUUUGCCAUCGGUGCAUCACUAUCCCAGGAAGUGCGAGAGAAAUUGGAUUCCCACCGACCUCAGACGAUUGGAGCUGUCCGCAAAAUCCCUGGAGUUACGCCAGCUGCUGUUGUCAGUCUGCUAAAAUUUGUGAAAGUCAGUCGCAAAAGAGCAGAGGGGAUUAAGUAA